GAAUUUAUCGGCCCAAUCUGGAACCUUCUCGACCAUGUUCUACAAUGUUCCAGAUUCUCUUCUCUUCUCUUUAAAAGCCGAGGCUGCAGACGUCGCCUUCCAACCUUUCAAAACUAUCUGAAAAUCUCACUCAUCCUUAGCUUUCUUGUCAACAAAGAAACAAUGGCUUCCUCUCUGGCUCUGAAAAGACUGAUCUCUUCUUCCAACCUUCUCUCCACGUCUAUCCGCCCCGUGGCAUACUCUCGCCGCCUCUUCAAUACCAACGCCGUCCGCGAGUACGACAGCGAAGACCGCGACUCCGACGUCGGCCGCCGCCCCGACCGCCGCGUAUUCGGCAUCGGCCGCCGCCCCGACGCGGCGGUAUUCUCUCCCUUCGCCUUAGCAGAUAUGUUGAGUCCGUUCCCAACAAGGAGCAGCCUGAGCCAGAUUCUGAACAUGAUGGACCAAAUGAUGGAGACGCCGGCGAGUGGCGGCGGUAGGAGGAGCUGGGAGGCGAGGGAGACGGAGGAGGGGCUGCAGCUGCGCGUGGACAUGCCGGGAUUGGGGAAGGAGGACGUGAAGGUGUCGGUGGAGCAGAACACGCUGACAAUCAGGGGCGAAGGGAAGAAAGAGAAUGAGGAAGAAGAGAGCGGGAGAAGGUAUAUGAGCAGGAUUGAUCUGCCGGAGAAGCUGUAUAAGACCAACGAGAUAAAGGCCGAGAUGAAGAACGGUGUGCUGAAGGUGUUCGUGCCGAGGAUCCAGGAAGAACAGAAGAAUGAUGUUUUCCAAGUUAACAUCGACUAGACUAGUUAGUGUGUGAGGUUUUGAUUUUAGUCUGGCUCUACCUUCUCGCCUUGUUUUACUUUAUAUAAUAACAUCACUUUUCUUAUUA